CAGCGCUGAGGGGAUCUGAGGGGGGGCGGCCGCCAUGAGGCGGGAGGCGCUGAGGAGAGAGGGGCCGGAGGUUCUGCUGAGGGGCUCGGGGCCGAAAAGAAAGGGCGAAGCGAUUGACAUGAAUAAAAAUAAUAAUCACAAUUAACGGGAGGCGGCCGCCGAGCCCUCAGGCUGCGGAUGAGGGGAUGAAAAGGGGCUCCGGAGCUUUGGGCCCCUCGGAGCAGGGCUGAGGGAGCCGGCCUGAGGGCCCGGAGCGGUGACUGGCUUUGGAAAAACGGGAGAGGUUUAAAAUCCAGAAUGUCUUGGGCUUUUUUUCCCCUUUCCCUGAGAAGAAAAUGUAGCACAGCUUCCACUAAGUACCAGAAGUCAUACCCUACACGCGGGAUAUGCGUCUGCACAGUUACUUGCUCGGAGUAAUAAAGCAGGGGCUCGCCCUGUGGCAAACAGCCGGCACACUCUGGCUGAGCUGCGCUCGGGAUAGCCGACAGAUUCGCAGACAGCAGAAACUGCCUCUGAAGACAUGCUCCUCAUGCCCUGCUUCUGAGCUUUCGCUUGCGCGUCUUCUGCAGCCACACAGUACAGGGACAGAAGGAAACUACUACAAUCAAGGAGAGAUUCGUAAGAAAGAACUGGAACAGAGUUGUUCUCUUCUGGGAAUUCCUGCUUCCAAUGUAACAGUUGUUGAUCACAGGGAUCUUCCAGAUAAUCCUUCUGUUGAAUGGGACACACAGCUCCUUGCUGCCUUUGUGUUGAAGCAUAUAGAAGACAAUAACAUCAACCUGGUGGUAAGCUUUGAUGCAGGAGGAGUGAGUGGUCAUGCUAACCACAUUUCUCUUUACACUGCUUUAAGGUACCUGCAUUCAGAGCAGAAGUUACCUGAAGGGUGCCGUGUGCUUGUACUUGAGUCAGUAAAUCUGUUCCGGAAGUACCUCUGGUUCCUGGAUGUCCCCCUGUCCUGCCUCCUGCCCAGCGAUGCACUCUUCGUACUCACGGAGGAGGAGACUGAGCGAGCCAAGAGAGCCAUGCGGUGUCAUCGCAGCCAGCUGCUCUGGUUUCGCCAUCUCUAUAUGCUUUUCUCACGUUAUAUGGUGAUCAAUUCACUCCAUCUUCUGUAAAAGACGACGCUCACAACUUCAAGAGUGAAAGAAUGAGCCAAAAAAGACUGUGCCAGGACAAUCACUGGAGGAAACUCAACUGUUUACUCAGGAGGACAAUAUUCUCUAUGUAGUGUUCUUUCAGACUACAAAAAACAGUUUGUAUAAACUUUCUCCUGAAUAUCCUGUGGCCUGAUACAUUGAGAUGAAGAGGGUUUAACAGCUGCUCUAUUUUCUCACUGCAGAAGCUUAAAUAGGAUAAGAAAUUUGAAUUAACCUAGUUAAGAUUCAAACGCAGGAGUAUUCUGCAUUAGAGAAGAUAUAGCACACACUGUUUUUCCCAGCUGCAGAUACAGCUGCAAAGAUGGCUGGGAACUUUUCCUCUUGGUGCUUUUGUAAAAUCCAAAUAUCAAAAGAGACUUUUCUAUCAUGCUGUCUCCACAGAUAAAACCAGAACCACAAGACCUGUCUUAUUCAGUAAGAACUUCAAAAGGUCAAGGCUUAUGAAUAAAGCAUCAGAAAUUACACAAUUUUCUAUAAUCACACUCAUAAAGCUGCUACUGCUUCUUUCAGACACAUUGUGUUGCAGGCUCUCCCUUCCUAGUGUCCCCCAAGAAACAUGAGCAUUUCUUCUUGCUUCAGAACAUGAGGCUUGAGAUCAACUCAGAAAAGACUCAAUACGAUGUAAGAAUGAGUUGCACGAGACCUUUUGUAGAGCAUAUGUGGAGAUAUAAGAAUUGCAAGAGAUGUUUCGAAAGCAGUUCCACUUACCUAAAAGACAACUGCGAGAUCUCUCCCUUCAUGUUAAAAGCAGCUUGAAACGCGAAGCUGGGACAAUGAAGUGUCUGUUCUGCUUCUUUGUGCAAAUGCUGCAGCUGUAAAAGAAAGAGAAGACCUUUCUAGGAGCAGCAGACAAGGUGUAGUGCAGCAAUCAGAUCUAGCUCAGACUUCUUGACAACUGAAAUUCCACUGACAGCUAAAACGGCUCCUUGUUGGCAUCAAAGGGGAGCUUCAAGGAAUCGAGGAAUCUCCGAGCCUGCGCUUCUCCCUCUCCCCUAGGGCGCCUCCAUAGCAACUCGGCAGGACGAACGUGCCAGGUCAAACGCCAAGCGCAGAGGAAAAACCCUUUUCCUUUCAAAUUUUCCUUUCAAAGCCGGCCGCCGCCGGUAGCCUGGGGCUGAUGCGCUGUGCUCCGCGCACGGGUGGAGAUGUGGGAGGUGAGCCUCGCUCAGCCCCAAGGGCGUUUGGCGAAAGGAGGGCCCCGAGGCUCCGCAGGCUUCCCAGGACACCCGCUUUUUGCUUUGGGGGGGCUCCCCCCGCCCGGCAGCUCUCCGUGCCCCACUCACUCACUCACAAGGCGUCCAGCAGCAGCCGCGCCGCCUCCUCGCAGCUCAGCCGGUGCCGCUCACGGAAGGCGGCCCAGCGCCCGCUCUGCGCCCCUAGAUCGAAGGCGUCGGGCCCGGGGGCCGCCUCCUUCUCCCCGGGCUCCGUCCGGGAGCCUCCCGCCUUCUUCCCUCGCCCCCCUCGGCUCCCGACCACGGGGGAAGCUGUGGGGGCGCUGCCCCUCCGGGACCGCCGCGCCCGGCUCGCCGCGGCUCGCCCCAUGAGGCCCGGCUGAGGCGAGGCCGCCAGGGGGCAGCCGAGGAAAGGCCCAGCUGAGGGGGGCAGCGGCGGCGGGCGGCCAAAAAGCCCUCACGGCGCCGUGGGGCCGAGCCCCUGGGUGCGCCCUCUCGCCCCGGUGGAUAUCGUGAGGUGAAGAUCCACAGAGCAUCAGGGAGGCGAGCUCGGUGCGCCUGCUGGCUCGUAACAUAGCCUAGAGUGGUAGGAAUGCCAGCUGUUCACAAGCGAUAGCGUGAGGUUUUGCCUUUAAUUAUAAACACAAUGUGUCUCACCUCACGGAUUCAGGUGUUUUGCACAUCCGAGGUGCUAUUAAAACUAUGUGGCUUCACAUCUCUGCCACGCGCCCACCGUCGUUUAAAAACAAGGUUGCUAUUUAACAGCGCUCCAGUGUAUCGGUGUGCACCUUUGGAAGCACAUUGAUUCCCUGUCCUUCCCUGAGGUUUGAAGUCACUACAGCAUCCUUGCAGAGAAACAGAUUUUAACCUGAGUCCCACUAGACAACUUUUCAGAAAUUCUGUCGCCAGAGUCUUUAAAUUAAAAAGGAAAAUGAUCAAGAUAGGACAGACUUUAAAAACAAAACCAAAAAAAAACACACCACCACUAAAAACACUUCUGAAAGCACCUCUUUAGUGAUAAAUAACCUAGAAAAGAUUAUUGCACACCUGUAAGAUAAAGCUGUUUCUCAAGUAAAGUUGUUCAGUUCAGGGGAGAAGUAUAAAACUUGCAGGCAUUCAACUUGCAUUUAGUAGGAAAAAUAAAAUCACUCUAAGGCUGAAUGCCCAGUGCUGCAGGAGUGGAAGUUUAUUUUGUCUGAGUUACAAUCAAUAACUUGUAUUUUCAACAGUUCUUUAUGUCUUGCUCUUCUCAAGAUGAGCAACAGGGAAAGAUGUAAACAAGAGAGCUGCCAGUUUGGUACAGGGCAGAAGGUCCUGUCUUGUCCACGAAGACAGUAAAGCAACUGGACAAUGAUGAAGCAACCAUCAGCACUCUCUGAUCUGGAAAACAGCUUUAAAAACACGCGACUACAGUGUGUAGGCUGCCUCCUUAGAUGGCACAUACCAGGACUCAAAUAACAAUCCUGUGGCUCAGCACGUCCCUUCUCUGAUGAUAGGAAAGGGUACUGAGUUACAAUUUCCUGUUAUUCCUCAUGUGAACCUCUGUACUCAUUAUUCAUCCUAAUGGAACCAUUUUAAAUACACUGUACGUGUCAAGCUCUGGUCCAUGCCAGCAUGUUCGUCUGUAGCUCCUGAUCUGAGCCACUCCCAGACCUCCUUUAGUCACGCUAGAUUUCAUGUUAGUCACCUUAUAUUUUGGGAGGAAAAGUCACUGAGGUGAAACUGGAGAUUGUGAGCUGAAACUGACUCUGUGUAGUUUGUACCAUGGCUUCAUCUGCCUGCAGUGCGGGGCACGGCCCACAGCAGUUGCAGGUUUCAGUGAACUGUGCUUUGUCCUCUGAAAACAGGGCUUGUGCUGAACUGAAAGGCAGAGUAUAUUUUAGGAGCUGAUCAAAUGGCCUUCUGUCUGCGGGAUGAGCAAAUACUAAAAUUUGUCCACUCUGAAAAAGCAGUUCCUGUGUGAAAACCAGAGUGAGUGUGUAAUGAGUCUGUGUAAUAUAUACAAAUACGUCACUCUCAGCUCACCUCCACAAUUAGUUCGCCACAUUUUAAAUGUAGAAGGCAUUUUGAGAAGCCAAAUUCUGUUUCAAAAAAAAAGAACUACAAGACAAAACUGGAUGAGCAAAAUGCAGUCUUGUUUCAGAAAGUUAUAGACAAAAUAUUCUUUCUACUUCUUCAUUUGUUUCAUGUUUAUUACAAAGGACUCUUAAAGCUCAAAAUUGGGUCUCACAUAAAUAAACAAUACAAGAGCUUUUUAGUAGG